ACUAGACAAAUGCACAAUCUGCUCUGCAUGUCUAUUAUUGUUUUCUUUUUUUGUUGAGCAUUUGAUUUGAUUGGAUAGAAGACUACUAGAAAGACAAAGAACCAGCUUAAAGAUGCCUCGUCUUGUCAAUGGCCGGGAGGCCGCACCCACGUAUUCAAAUUUGGUUGGCUUCAUAUUCAUUUUUAACCUUAUCGUUGGAACUGGAGCUCUAACGCUACCCGGAGUAUUUGCCAGGGCAGGAUGGAUGUUGUCUCUUAUCGUUAUUGUUCUACUGGCCAUCAUUAGUUAUAUGACGGUUACCUUUAUCAUCGAGGCGAUGGCCUGUGCAAAUGCCAUACGAAAUUGGCAAACUCUUCAGGCGCUGCGCCAAAGUCGAAGCUCUGCGGAGAACAGUGAAAACGACGAUAAUGCAGAUGAGGUUUCGAUGCAAUCGGGAAAUGAUCAAGUUGGAGACUUCGAACGGGUUCCGUUGACUAUUCAGAACCGGGAGUUCCAUUAUUAUCAACUCUCACACAAAUUCGAACUAGGCGAAAUGGCAACACUCUUCUUCAACGAAUUCGGACGCAUUAUGUUCUAUCUAUGCCUGAUUGUUUAUCUUUACGGGGAUCUGAGCAUAUAUUCUGCCGCCGUGGCAAGAAGUCUGCGUGACGUCGUUUGCGACCAUACAAAUGGAACGGACACUAAAACUUUAAUGUAUUGGUCAGGAGACUUUGAGAAUAAUACUGAUCAGCCCUGUUGGAAAGAACAUACGAUAUCCCGCUUAAGCAUGUACAGAGUGUUUUUAAUUGGAUUCACAUUGAUCUUUGGUCCAUUUGCUUAUUUUAAUGUUCAAAAAACGAAAUACUUGCAAAUGCUCACAGCUGCUUUCCGAUGGAUGGCUUUUACAUUAAUGAUCUGCAUAUCGCUGAAACUGUUGAUUUCAAGAGGUGCCAAAGGCCAUCCGGAAACAUUUAACGUAUAUGGUAUUCCUGCGCUUUUCGGCGCUUGUGUCUACUCCUUUAUGUGCCACCAUUCACUGCCCAGUUUAUUGGCUCCCCUCAGACACAAGUCGAUGGUAUCGAAAAUUCUCUCAAUCGACUAUAUAAUUAUUUGUGCAUUUUACAUUUUACUAGCCAUGACAGGUAUUUUUGCCUUUGAGCGAAUCGAAGACCUUUACACAUUGGAUUUCCUACCCUAUGAUGUGGCCUACAUAGACUUCUGGUCUGGUCUAUUAAUUUGCAUUGAUUAUUUUUUGGCACUCUUCCCCAUUUUCACGUUGUCCACCAGUUUUCCCAUUGUGGCCAUAACACUAAAGAACAAUCUUCAAUCCCUUUUCCUGGACAUGUCGCAAUAUGAAUCCUAUGGUGUUAUUGUGCGUCUAUGCUUUCCACUUCUUGCUAUAAUCCCACCGUUUUGUAUCACAUAUUUUACAGAGAGUUUGUCCAGUUUGGUGGCAUUCACUGGCACCUAUGCAGGCACUGGCAUUCAAUAUAUAAUACCGGUAUUCCUGGUUUAUUUCUCGAGGCGCACUUGCUCAGAGCUUCUGGGAAGCGGCGUAGUCAAUCGUUUUCAAAGCCCUUUCAAGUCCAGUGCCUGGUUGGUUUUUGUUAUUAUUUGGUCAAUUUUAUGCGUUUUUUUGGUAACUAUAAAUUUAUUUAGUUAGGUUAAACAGUCUGCAAAUAUGUAGAUCAUUUUAUGGCAAUGAGUUUAUUACCGGAUAAUAAAGAUCCAUGUCAAUUAUUUUGUAGUUGUAAAUAUUUACUAAGUAGAAUAUGUAAAAUAAGUUAAUUUUAGCAAUGUAAGUCAGUAUUGAAAUCGGCUGUGAAACACAAAUUUUCAUUAAACAUUUCUUACAUUUUCCGUAUUUCCAAAUUUUAGAUAAGAAUUAAAUUUCAAAAUAUCCUCCUACAUAUGUCAAAAGAUAUCCCUAAGUAAAUUUACCAUUCAAAAAAUUAUUGCCUUUUCAACUAUAUGUUUUAAGCAAUUAUGUUAAGUGUUACACCAGUAGAAAACUUUAGAAUCUAUGUGUUUAUUUAUAAUAAUAUUUUUUAUCAGCAUAAUGUAUUAAUGAUAUUUACCAUAUUGCUCACAUCAAAUAUCUACAACAAACGAAUAAAAAUAUACUUUAAAUUAAAA